CGCGCGGGAGCGCAGGCGCACUGUGCCCGCCGUGCUGAACCGCAGCCAUGGAGCAGGCAUCUCCAGACUCUGAACGGCUUUUGCAGCCUGCGACCCUAGAGCCGCUGGGCCACCCUGACGCUGAGCUGGAGUCUGUGGUGGGUGAGGAAGCAGAGGGGGCCCGGGAAGACGGCUCCGGAGACGGCAAGAUGACAGAAAAUAAUUUUUGGUUGAAGAAGAUAGAAAUUAGUGUUUCAGAAGCAGAAAAGCGAACUGGAAGAAAUGCCAUGAACAUGCAAGAAACAUAUACUGCUUACCUCAUUGAAACAAGGUCAGUUGAACAUAUUGAUGGUCAGAGUGUCCUAACAGACUCACUAUGGAGGCGGUAUAGUGAAUUUGAGUUGUUGAGAAACUACCUUUUAGUUUACUAUCCACAUAUUGUCGUGCCACCUCUACCAGAAAAAAGGGCAGAAUUUGUUUGGCAUAAACUCUCUGCUGACAACAUGGAUCCAGAUUUUGUGGAAAGACGACGAAUUGGUCUGGAAAACUUCCUCUUGAGAGUUGCUUCACAUCCCAUCCUUUGUAGAGACAGAAUCUUCUAUUUGUUCUUAACACAGGAAGGUAACUGGAAAGAGACUGUAAAUGAAACUGGAUUUCAGCUGAAGGCAGACUCCAGGUUAAAAGCGCUUAAUGCAACAUUCAGAGUGAAAAACCCAGACAAGAGAUUUACUGAACUAAAACACUACAGUGAUGAACUGCAGUCUGUCAUCUCACAUCUUCUUCGAGUCAGAGCUAGAGUAGCAGAUCGACUGUAUGGUGUAUAUAAAGUACAUGGGAAUUAUGGGAGAGUUUUCAGUGAGUGGAGUGCCAUAGAAAAAGAAAUGGGUGAUGGACUACAGAGUGCUGGUCAUCAUAUGGAUGUGUAUGCAUCUUCUAUUGAUGACAUUUUAGAAGAUGAAGAACAUUAUGCAGAUCAGUUAAAGGAGUAUCUUUUUUAUGCAGAAGCACUGAGGGCUGUGUGCAGGAAACAUGAACUUAUGCAGUAUGACUUGGAAAUGGCUGCUCAGGACUUAGCAUCCAAGAAGCAGCAAUGUGAGGAACUGGCAACUGGGACCGUGAGAACAUUUUCUUUGAAAGGGAUGACUACCAAGCUCUUUGGUCAAGAAACUCCAGAGCAGAGAGAAGCCAGAAUAAAGGUGCUAGAAGAACAAAUAAAUGAAGGAGAGCAACAGCUUAAGUCUAAAAAUCUGGAAGGGAGAGAAUUUGUCAAAAAUGCUUGGGCUGAUAUUGAACGCUUCAAAGAACAAAAGAACCGUGAUUUAAAGGAAGCCCUCAUAAGCUAUGCAGUCAUGCAGAUCAGUAUGUGCAAAAAGCCCAUUCUUCUCUUCCAGAAUGUUUCCCAAUUUCUCUACUUAAUUGUGAGAGAAGUAUCAUGACCAAAAUAUCAAUUACUGAGUCUCCACUCAUCUAAAGUUCCAAAUUUGUAUGCCUCAUUUAUAACUUGUAUUUGAAAAUAUGUACUAACAACAUCACUUUGGUUAUAUGACAUUCUUGGAUAGGGCAGGAAAAUACCAUUCCUAACAGUGAUGUAUGUUUUGGAAAAUAGUUUUAAACAUUAUUUUGGGAAAAUGUGGUUAUGAUAUGGUUUAUUGUGAGAAUAAAUCCUUAAUGUAGCUGAUAUCUGUAGUAGAAGAUAACAAACAUAGAAGCUUAUUUUGGCUAAAAUAAGAAUCUGGGCAAUGGUGGAAAUCUUUCUAAAAUGCUAUUUUAAAAACAAAACCAUGAAACAUUCCAUAGACUCUUUUUCAUAACCUUAGAUCUGCCUGUGUAACUGCUAGUCAGUACCAGUGCUUUACACUUUCCCAGCGAUUUAUUGAGCAAUUUUACAUGCAUUAUCUGAGUAAAUUGUGUAGUAAGAUAGAUUCCCAUGUUUAUGAAAACAUUCCAAGAGAUUUAAAAAAAAAAUCACAUUCAUAUGAACAUUCUUAUGGUUUGAUUUAUCCAAAGUUUAGAUUUUCUGGCUCAGAACCAUCUCUCGCAUAGCCCGUUUCACUUGUAUGACCAGCAGUAGCCGUAGCGAACGAAGAUGUUUUGAAUUGGAAACACCAGACUCACAUAUUACUCAGUGGACCAAGUUCAUAGUUAUGCCUCAAUGAAUUUGAGUUACUUCAUGUUGUAGAUCUUUGGGAGUCACCUAAGAGAAGUUAAAACCAUGACUAGUCAGUCUGCAAGGGCUCAUGAUUGAAUACACUGUAGUUUAGAGUGUUUCUAUCUCUGCUGUUUUCAUCCUAUCAGCUCCUGCUGCUGCUUCAUGUUUAUAAUCUUUUUUCUAAUCUCCUUUUUAAAUCUUGAAAGGUCUGAAAGAUCAGAAAACAAAAGUUUGUAGAGUUGGUUUUGUUUUAUUACUGUAAGACUCAUUAAUAAGCUCCUGUGUUUUCCUGUUUGCUUCUUUUCCUCAGUAGAAUGCAGAUGUGAUAUAAUGGCUCAAAGGACUUCUUCCCCACACUUUGCUUAGGGUGAGGUGGUUGAGGGUGCUAAAAUGUCAUCUCUGAAUGAAACAGAUAUUACUUGUAUAGUAUUACUCAUGUAUCCUAAAAAAUUAUCACAAAUGAGUUUAUUCACAUGAGAUUAAUAAGAGUGUAUGUAACUAUAUUUCUUAGUGUUAUAAUGUUUCAUCAUGUCUUUUUUUCUCCAAGUGAACUGGAAUUUUUUUUUUUUUGCUUUUUAUGGCCACACCCUUGGCAUAUGGAGGUUCCCAGGCUAGAGGUCAAAUCGGAGCUGUAGCCACUGGCCUACACCACAGCCACAGCAGCACAGGAUCUGAGCUGCAUCUGUGACCUGCACCACAGCUUAUGGCAACACUGGAUCUUUAACCCACUGAGCAAGGCCAGGGAUUGAACCCGCAUCCUCAUGGAUCCUAGUUGGGUUCAUUAACUGCUGAGCCACGAAGAGAACUCCCAAAUGGACUGGAUUUUUAUAUUUGCAAAUCUACAGUGCUAUUUUCUUUAGUAACUUAAAAUUAGUUGAGAAGUAAAGAUUAACAUCACCUUUUUUUGGUAACUGGAGAUAACUAUAUAUUUCAAACUAUUUUAUCUCUCUCACUUUUUUUUUUUUUUUUGGUUUUUAGGGCUGCACCUGAGGCAUAUGGAAGUUCCCAGGUUAGGAAUCGAAUCAGAGCUGCAGCUGCCAGCCUCCACCACAGCCACGCCAGAUCCAAGCAGUGUCUGCAGCCUACACCACAGCUCACAGCAGCGCUGGAUCCUUAACCCGUUGAGUGAGGCCAGGGAUCGAACCCACAUCCUCAUGGAUACUAGUCGGGUUCAUUACUGCUUAGCUAUGACAGGAACUCCCCCACAUCCUUUAUUGAAAACUCAACACUGUUACACCUUCCUGUGUGUCUUUUUAGACUUACUAUACAUAUACAAUCAUUUAGAAAAUAUACACUUUUCCUCUUUCCCACAAAAACAGAAUUGGAUUAUACGUGUUAGUGUAUAGUUUUUGUUUUUUCAUUUGCUGUGCUGUGGAUUUUCUUACUGGGAUAGUGCAUAUGAGUUCUAUCUUACCUUUUCUGACAGUGCAUACACCAUUAGUACUACUUUAUCCAGGCAAUCUGAGACAUAGUAAAGAAUUUUUGAGGGGUUUUUUUCUUUUUGUAGUUCAUCAAGGAGGAAAAAAGCUGAAAAGAUUUUUUUUGGUUUGUUUAAAGCCUCAAUAAAUACUGACAUACUUUAAUGUUUGAGUAUUAAAGAAAAUAUUCUUUCUCCAUAAUUUAGCAGUUAUUAGAGAAUAUGUAUCUUGUUUAUUGAAAAUAUGCCUUUAUUCCUACCACUUCCUCAGAUUUUACUGUUAUAUUUUUACAAACAUUCAUUUUUCACCCCAGUUUCAAACAGGCGUUUUUGUUUAAGCAUAUUAGGUCUAUUAUGGCAUAUUAAUUUUUUGCUAAAUAGCCUGACAGAACCAUUGAGAGCGAGUUGAUAAUUUAGUACUUAAUUAAUUUUUAUCAAAAAUUAGUUAUUAGACUAAUAAAUUAAUAAUUUGUUAAUUAGUAUAUAAUUAUUAGAUUCAGUUUUUUCUCUUAUUUCAAAUAUUAUAAAACUUGUUUGGCCGUAAGUAGAAAUGGUAUGAAUAUGUGAUACGAUUAAAUGAGUUUUUCAAAAGAAGUUGUAGGAUUUCUUUCUCUGGUUUGAAGAUAGACUCAUACAAAUGAUUCUGUUACUUUUUUUAAAAAGGUAUUUGACUUACUAGCCGUUGCCAGAAAAGGUAUCAUAUUUGCUUGACUUGUUAUUUAUUCCAAAAAGUAAAACUUAUUUAGCACACCAGUAAGCCAAGUACUUGGGUUUUCAGAAUACUUCCAAAAUCACAUUUUUAAGUUUUUUUGGCUUGUUUUGUUUUUAAAGGGAAUUCAAGUUUGGACCAAUGCUAAGGAAUGCUUUAGCAAGAUGUAAUCCUGUGUAAUGAAUUUCUCUUCAAUCAAAGUGCCCCAAAACAGAAGCACAAGUAGAUAAAAAAAAUUUAAGUUGCUACCCAGCAUAUACAGAAAUAUAUAAGUUGAGUAAAUUCAACUUUCUUUAAUUUGAUUAUAGUUAACGUUAAUAUAGCACAAAAGGAUGUAUUUUAAUGAAGAUUAAGUAGUAUAAUUUGAGGUUUUGGGUACUGGUGCUGAUUCUAAAGUGUUAAUUAGAAAAAACGUACCAACAACUUGUCAGGCUUAUGAAGCAGUGACUGAAUGUCAAGAUGUUAGGUAAUUUCUAGAUGUUUGUUUCAGUGCCACUCUUUCAGAUCUGCUUAUGUAGGGAGUUUUUUUCCUAAAAUUGAAUUCUUAUCUUUAUUCGGUAAAACCCACUAAUCUGUUAUAGGGGGUUAUUUUUUCUUGCCUUAUAGUUGAGCUGUUUGAUUUGACAAAGCUCAGCAGAAACUUAGUGUGAAAUCUAAAAAUUUCUCCCACAUUCAUUAAUGCCCCCGUGACAUUUGCAUACACUAGGAAAUGCCUUCAAUUUGUGUUUUACCAGAAUUUUGAUACUGGUCAAAAAUUUUAUACUGCCAAUAAAGACUCAACUUCUCAGAUAUAUAAUGGAAUACAUUGUUAUGAUCUAGGAAUUGCUAUAUAGAAAAUUUUAAUUGAUUAUGUUACAUACAAGCAUUAAAUUCUCUAAUAAUUCUUAACCUCAGUGAUGAGCCUAAAUUUACUCUGCUUGGCUCUCUACACAUGGCAUUUCAGGGUACAAGAUGUAGCAUUUCAAUGUAUAAGAUAUAUGUAGUGAACGUAGGUGGUAGUAUCUUCAUUAUUCACAUCCUUCUUUUUUAUUGCUUGGCUGUAAUUUUUGUAAAGAUAAAUUAUAUUGGUUUUGUGUGUGUGUUUUGUGAUAUAUGUUCAGAAGCCAAGCACCCUUGGUUUUUUGCUAGCUUUGCAGGACCCUACAUGUGUACUCAUUAUUACUAAUUAUGUAAAAAAAUUUUUUCAGUACUGUUCAGCAUUCGACUUUUUUACAUGUUUAAAAUGUUGCUGAAUUUUUGUGCUGUUUGCCAAACUUAUACAAUAAAUAAAGUAUUGUGUUGAUUUUCA